AUGUCGGUCCGUCGUAGCGAUGCUGUGGCCACGCCCACCCACGCUACGACAUCAGCUAUGUCACACGAUACAGCGACGGCACAGCCAUCGCGUGAGAUGGUGUCGUUUGGUUUUCUCCCAGAGGCAGACGAUCACCCCGCCUCGCCUUUUGCAUUUGGCUCGUUGCUGGGCCGUAUGCGCACUGCGUUUGCCGCUGCGUCCUCUUCAGACGCGCCGAAGCGAGCGCCUGUGCUGAAAGAGCGCAUCUCUCACCCGAUCCCGCCACCCCCACCACCGACCCGCCGGCGAUCAUCGCGGCUUUAUCGUGCGCCGCAUCAUGUUUCGGCGCCUGCACAUGGCAUCAUUCCACUGCGUACUGUGUCGCCGCUAGUGACGAUGACGCCUGUCAAUUCGGUGUCCUUGCCCCAGGACGAUGGGACGGUACGUCCUCUUCCCGGCCACGAGGAGGCAGAGGCGGAGAGUGACUCGCGGCGGAACGAGUCGGCUUGGUCGUUCCUUGGUGGCGCUAUCCAAAGCGUUCCAGGAUUUCCUCUCGGUGGUGAUGUCCUGGACGAUGCUCAGUCGUUCACGACCGUACGUCGUGGGCGCUCGGAUGUGGGCGACGAGACGCUCAGUACAAUAAGCGCUCGGCCCAGCGCGGAUGCGUGGAUUCGUCGAUUCCGUGGCGAAGGGCUCAGUCGAAAGUAUUGGAUGGCCGAUGAGACGGCGAAAGAAUGUCGAAACUGCUUAAUGCCCUUUACGUCGCUUCGUCGGAAGCACCAUUGCCGUAUCUGUGGCCAGAUUUUCUGCAGUCGAUGUGCCUCGAACAUUGUGCCGGGUGAACGAUGGGGACAGAAAGGUGGCGUACGUACGUGUGAUCAAUGCAAAGCCAUGCUCGAAGAGUACGAUCGGCGCGAGCAGAUCGACGCUGAGGCCCGCGCGCAAAGUCAUGCGCGAAAGGGGUCCUCCGUAUCCAACGCAGCCACGGAGGCAGAUGAGCCGCCGGAUCUACAUACCCCCCUCUCGCAAUUUGCAGCUACGACGCUGUUUGCCAACGAUGCCAAUGCUUUGCCACGCCGUCGCGACUCGGACGUGGAUGAGGAAGCGGAUGCCUCGCAGCUGGAUAUUCGCCGCAUUGAGGCCUUGGGCGACGUCGAAGCAGAUGAAUCUACGGUCCAAGAAGUCGCGCCUUUUCGAUCCGGCCUGAGUGAUGACACGGAUGCACCUGAGACAGACUUGCUACCUACGGACCAUCCUACGUCCGUGCCGCUAGGCAUUGAGUUGGGCACCUCCAGCGCCGUGGCCGCUCCUACAGACCACGACACAGACCCAGACAGCGUACCGACGCAGCUCAGCACAAACAAGGCAGAGAGUCUUCCUGUGGACGACCAAGACGAGGCCACAGCGCCAGAGGUGCCCAGCAGUGAGCCCAGCGUGAUCAUCGCGAGUGAUGACGAAGGCAGUACGCACUUGCAGGAUAAGCCCCCUGCAGCGCAUCCUACCACGCCGCCCAAAGUGUCACUACCUCCGUUGUCCAUGUCACAACGCGAGCCGGAUCCUGCUACGCCGCCUCUUGGCAGUCCCAUUAAGCGCAGCACCGCCCGCCAGAAGCUCAUGCAUGGUGCCUCCCGCUUUGUGACCAGCACAGCGCUGGGCCCUGCGUCGCUGGUGUACUUUCUGCGCAUGCUGCAUCAGCUUCUUCUUGCGGAGCAUGUGGGCGAUGUGCAGGAGUGGAAAGAGAUUAUCAAGCUCCUGGCCCUGUCUGUCAUUGAGCGAAUCCAUGUGCGUACGCGCAAUACGGUGCUGACAGACAUCCGUCACUUUGUCAAGAUCAAGUGCUUCCCUGGCGGCCAGGUGUCGGAUUGUGAAUUUCUCGAUGGGUUUGUGUGUACCAAGAAUGUGGGCACGCGUGGCAUGGCCUCGUUUUUGCCGAUGCGGCAUGCGCGGAUUAUGAUCAUUGCGUUCCCCAUUGAGUACCACCGCAAUGCGAGUCAGCUCAUGUCGUUGGAAUCCAUCAUGGCACAAGAGCGUGAGUUUCUUCGGAUCCUCGUCGCACGAAUUGCCGCGAAACGUCCGCAUGUGGUCAUUUCGGAGAAGAGUGUGUCGCAUAUGGCGCUUGAAAUGUUUGAGAAGGCGCGCAUUGUCGUGUUUAGCUGCAUGAAACGUACAGCGAUCGAUACCAUUGCGCAUUGUACGCAAGCCGAGAUCAUCUCGUCGAUUGAUCGGUUGGCCCUGGAGCCACGCUUAGGUCGUUGUGCGACCAUCAGUGUCGAUACGUACCAGCAAUUCGACGAGCCAGCGCGACGUAAACCACUGCUACGGAUCGAGGUCACGUCCAAAGAAGUGAGCAGUGCCUUGGUCUUGCGUGGCGCGACGUUGCCGAAGCUGCGUCGCAUCAAGGCGAUCUUGGCGCUUAUGGUAUUUGUGGGCUACAAUCUCAAGCUGGAAGAGUUCUUGCGUCGUGACGUAGGUGCGGUCCUUGACUGGUCCGUCAUCAAUUUCCAUGCGGGACCCAGCCAAGGCGCUCCGUCGCAGCCGAAUGAAGACGAUAUGCAGCGACGUAUCAUUCUUGAUGAAACGUUGAAGAAGUACCAGCGCCUUCUGCUCAGCGCCUCCAUCUCUGUCGUUCUUCCCCCACCGUACCUCGUCACACGCAUGAAGUACGUCUUUGAUCGAAUUCACAUGCUGCGUGCGACAGAGAUGGAGCAAGAGACGUUUGUGUACAAAGCUGAAGACGAUACGCCAUCGGACGACGAUACCGUGGCCUUGCAAGACCACUCCAUUACGCUCUGUGCGCCGCACAUGUGGCGUCAUACCACGGACCUUGCUAUGCUAGAAGCCGAGCAAUGUGUCAUUCAGACAUGCUGGCACGCGUGUGUGAGCCAUAUGACCAAGCUUCUCACGCCGUUUGCGCACCAGCGCCUCAUUGUUCUCGCUGCCAAGACAUGUGCUGCGACGCUGCAGACAUGCUAUGGCCCGGACUAUGCGACACAUGAGCUGUACGGCCCGGACGAUGUACCUCUAGGCCAGUUUUUGGAGAAUACAUGUGCAGAGAGUCUACUGCCGUGCGAUGCGCGUGGCUGCGAUAGUGCGAACUUGGUCCACUAUAAGACAUGGAUUCACAAUGCCAUGCAGGUGCAAAUGGUCAUUGAACGAUUUGCCUGUCCGUUGCCGGGCCAGGAGGAUGUGCUGCUGUGCUGGAGCUACUGCAAGACAUGCGAAACGACUACCCCGGUAACGCGACUGAGCGAUGAAGGAUGGUCUGUGAGCUUUGCCAAGUACCUGGAGCUGCAAUUUUAUCCCAAUGCAUCGUGCCAUUCGUCAACGUGUCAGCACGACUACUACCGCGAUGCGGUGCGGUACUUUGCGCUGCACAACUUUGCGAUUCGGUUCCAUGCAGAGCCGAUUGAGCUGUGGGAGGUCGUCCCGCCGAUCCUCAAGUCCAUUCGGAACGACGAGAAUUUGUGUGAGACGGUCAACACAGAAGUGAAAAGCUUAUUUGAGAAGAAUUUGCGGUACUGGCGCUCGGUGUGUGGGCGCAUCACAGCCCUGCGGCAGGAAUUGGCGACGCGCGACGUGUACGCGGAGCCGGCCCUUGCCAAGGUGCGUACAGAGGCCGAUGCCUUGCUGGAACGUAUCUUGGAUAUUGCCGUGGCCGACUGUGCAGAGGUAGAGCAGCACCUUUCCGAUUCGUACUGGCAGCUGGAUCGCUCGAUCCUUACGCUCAACGACGUGCGCCGGUUCCUGCAGGACAAGGUCGUGGAGUGGGAUAUGCUGUUCAUUGAAUUCGAUAAGCAGUCCUCUGUGAGUGAGCGAGAGCUUCGUCGGUUGGCCGAGCAUUAUCGCAAACGUGCCGCCCAGCGAGGAGACGGCGAUGAUACGGAUACCGAGAUGACGGACACGCCAAUGGAGAAGCGACACUUGGAGCUGUCUUCUUUCAUGGAGCUUUGGGCCGGCUUCGAUAAGGAGAAGCACAAGGAAGAGGCGCAGCGUAUUGAAGACGCUAAGCGAAUCAGCGUCUCGAUUGACGGUGUCGCAGCCUCAUCACGCGAGCGGAGCGCAAGCUCGUCCUACACUGCCAGUCGAGCCCCGCCAGGCAGCGAGGAGAAGGCCACGUCACCUUCCUCGAGUGUAACACCUCCGUCGCAGACUCCUGCGCCUGAGGAGGCCAAGGACGAUGCACCGCAGACCCAUGCCGCACCGGACGAGCAUGAGCAUGCCAUGCCAGCUAUGCCGACCAUGCCGACAUCUGAGUCAGCUGCGACGCUAAAGCUAUCGCAGAAGGACGAUGCACCGACGACAGACGAGACACCCGCUGUGACAGCCACGUCGACACAGCCCGAUGCCGGGCACGAGGAGCACGCCUCUGCGCCGCCUACCGAGGAACCUGCGCUACUAGCGCCUGUUUCACGUACGCCCGCAGCAUCGCCGCUUACGACAGCUGGCGCGCCCAGUCGUACACCCUCGCCGUCCAAGCCACGGUACCGUCCCUCGCAUGAAACGCUGCAGGCAGCCAAAGCUGCUCUUCGCCCUGCGACGUCUCGUGCAUCCGAACACCGUGCCCGUAUGGAUGCAGAGAACAGCAGUAGCAAGACUCCCGUCUCUGGUCUGCGUCUGACGCGACCGCCCAACUCGUUCGCGUCGUUUGUGCAUCACCGAAGUGAAGGUCUGACGCUGCGUCCACCAUGGAGCGAUACCAAGAAUACACGUCAUCGUACGCAGGAAAGCGUCUCCAAGGUGCGCCGUGAAGCGACAGCGCGAAGUCAGGUCGCGAAGAUGGCGAAACACUAUGACCAACUGCACCGCGAUGCCGAGCACGCUCGGCUUGCUUCCCGUGUGCGCCGCGCGCGGCCUGUCACGACGACGCAUGCGACAGUCGAAGUGUUCAAGAGUCUGCGUGAUGCUGUGCGUGGCGAUGAGAGUGAUAACGAAGACGAUGCAAAGCCACUGGAGCAAAGCAAUGCGGCACGGCGUGGUGCGUCCUGGCUGGGUGAAGAUGCACGCGUACCGCCGUCCUCUCGCUCGUCGACGCUGGAGCCGAAAAUCCCAGAGCCUCAGGAGGGAAUUCCUGACCCAGGCCCCCAUCACACGGAGGCCACCGGGCCUAUGUCGAUCCAAGUUUCGGCGCCUGCUGGCGAUUCAGUCUCAGAGUUCGUGGUCCCUGGACAGAGUGUCGUAAGCGAGACAGCCUCUAUGCCUCCGAUGCCUUCCCAGACCGCUGACGACGUGCGCAGUAUUGCCGCGAGCGAUACUGGCACAGACGUGCCCCUUUCAGAGACGGCGUCCAUCUCUGAUGGUACCGUCCCGGAGACGUCGACCGAGAUCGUUCCUGAGCGUACGCGCCUGUUCCACGUCCUUGAAUCGAUUUGGCGGAUGCAUGUGGGUCAUAUGAAAGCGCUGGACUACCCGUUCUUGUCGACCGACCACGUAUUCUCCGACGCGCGUGUAGUCGUUCGAGAGGACGAGCCAAGCUCCAUCAUUGCAUUUACGCUGGACUCGCACAGCUAUCGCGACCAGCUUCUGCAGUCGCGUCAAUCGCGACGUGCGCAGUGUGUCGAUGAACGCACGUACUUGGAACAGGAGCUGCGGCGCACGGAGGGACUGCACUCUCUGUACGAGUUCGAUACAGGCAGUGUAAAGCUGUGGUGCAAAGUGUUCUUUGCCGAGCAAUUUGAUGCGCUCCGUCAAUUGUGUGAGUGCGAUGCGCACUUUGUCUCGUCACUCGCGCGAUGCGUCAAGUGGCAAUCUCAAGGUGGCAAGUCCGGCUCGGCGUUCCUCAAGACGCGUGACGACCGGCUGGUGGUCAAGCAGCUCUCGCGUGCGGAACUGGAUGGCUUCUCGAAGUUUGCGCCAGAGUACUUUAGCUACUUAGCCGACUGCCAAGCGCAGGAACGGCCUACCACGCUCACGAAGAUCUACGGCUAUUUCCGUAUCGGGUUCAAGAACAAUCACACAGGCAAAGGAUUCAAGAUGGACUUCUUGGUCAUGGAGAACUUGUUGUACGGUCGUACGGCGACCAAGAUUUUCGACUUGAAAGGCAGCACACGUCACCGCUUUGCGCAGGAGACGGGCAGUGCACAUGAAGUGCUGCUGGACGAAAACUUGGCCCGAUACGUCCAAACUGCGCCAUUGUAUGUCCGUGAGCAUUCCAAGCGGAUUUUGCGUACAGCGCUGUACAAUGACUCCCUUUUCCUGACUGACAUGAAUGUCAUGGACUAUUCCCUGAUUGUUGCGCUGGACGCAACACGCAACGAGCUGGUCAUCGGCAUCAUCGACUACCUACGUACCUACACGUGGGACAAACGCGUCGAGAGCUUCGUCAAAGAAACGGCCAUUCUCGGCGGCGGCGGCAAAGGCGAGCCGACGAUCAUCACGCCGCGGCAGUACCGUAUGCGAUUCCUUACGUUCCUCGAUCGACACGUGCUCAUGACACCGGACCCAUGGAUGCAGCCAGGCUGGGUUCAAUAA